UUGAGAAUUGUUGUGUAUAAGUGUGUUUUAUGCAAAAGCAAUUUGUAAUAAUAGAGAUUUUGAAACCAUGUCUCUUGCUGGAAAGCUUGUGAGUGAAUUAGAACUAAAUGUCUCAGCAGAUAAAUACUACAAUGUCUUCAAAGAUAAAGUUUGUCAUAUUCCCAAUAUUUCUGAUAUAAUCAACAAAGUUGAAGUUCACGAAGGUGAAUGGGAUAACCAUGGUCAUGGCUCCAUCAAAAUAUGGAAUUACACGGUUGAUGGCAAGCCUGAAGUGUUUAAGGAGCAAGUGGAAUUCGAUGAUGAAAAGUUGGCAGUAACUUUGAUUGGAUUGGAAGGAGAUGUGUUCGAGCAUUACAAAACCUUUAAGGGAACAUAUCAAGUUGUGCCCAAGGAUUCGGAGCAUUGUUUGGCAAUUUUAACUUUGGAAUAUGAGAAACUUAAGGAUGACUCUCCUUAUCCAUACAAAUAUCUUGAUCUCAUGAAUAAACUCACAAAGGACAUUGAAGCGCACCAUAAAUAAAACAAGACUUUGUAUUGUAUCCAAAUUGAGCUGUCAUCUUUGGUAUUUGUUAUUAUGCGUGCUUAAUCCAUGUGAAGGUUAUCCUUAAUUAUAUAAAACUGAAGAAGUUCGAUUAUUAUGUUUCUUAAAUAUAUAAUAUGAUAUGAAUAAUCUCUAUCCCGUGUGGUUAUUAACAAUAA